GGAAACUCUGUCAACAAGCGGUCUUCUAUUUGUUUUGAAAUUCAGUAAUGGAAAUAAUGCUCAUUUCGAAACUAGUAGGAGCGCAUCACUUCCCCAGCGUUGUCUAUAGAUCACAUUUGUUAAUUGUAACCAUCGAUUAAACAUGAUGCAGUCGGACACUUUGUUACACGUCGCCAAUGUUUCUACAUUGUUGGUGUGCAUGGUGCUCAAGUUCCCGCAAAUCUUCAUACUGUUACGGGCAAAAUCCACGACUGGGAUCAGCAUCAAAAGUCUUGUGCUGGAACUUAUCGGGUUCAUUGUCUUUGUUACAUACCAGAUGUAUUAUGAGUACCCACCUCCAACUUACCUGGAAUACCCCAUUCUUAUUGCUCAAGAUGUCGUUCUUCUGCUCCUGAUUCUUCUCUACAGGGGCAGACUGAAAGACAGCCUUCUGUACGCUGUCGUCUUUGUCGUGGGUUGGCAGCUCCUCACAGUGGAUAAACGGAUCAUCGAUUUAGCAAUGAGCCUGUGUACAUUCAUUAGUGCAGCCAGUAAGUUUGCCCAACUCCAAUGCCUCUGGAGGUCAAAGGAUGCUGGACAGGUGAGCGCCCUCACCUGGACGCUGGCCACCUACACGUGUUCAACACGGAUUUACACCACUGUCGCAACAACUGGAGACAUGCAAGUUCUGAUGCGGUUCAUCGCCAUGACCUUGCUGAACCUGUGGGUGCUGCUCAGCGUGCUCUUUUACCGAAGACACGGGGGCACCCCCAUCAAAGAAGACUGAGCACAUUAGAGCGCAAUGUUACAAAACUGUUACUGCAAGAUUUAACCUGGAAAAAGUACACACAUAUUAUACAGACAUAUAUUUUGUUACACUAGUGUUGUAUAACUUUCAGGACAAAAUGACACAUUCCAACUCAGCAUAAAUGAGUGUUCUUAUGUUAAAUCCUUGUCAUGGAAAUAUUUGAAUAAAAUGCGUUUUUAUUAA